AUGAGAAUAAAGACUUUAAACAGUGUAGCGUUAUCAGCUAAUACGUCUUUAAUCCAGCGGUGCACACAUAUAUAUGUUUUUACAAUAACACCGCGUGAUAAUCAAGAUGACAAGCAGGCAACAUGGAAAAAUACACAUGUAUGUAAUGCAAUUAAACAGAAGGUACAACAACUAUAUGGUGAUGUAGGGGUUGCAGCAAUAAAUGAUGGCUUUGAUGCAAAGUAUUGCAAUGCACAAACAAAAAUAGCAAUAAUGAGGACAAGACAUGGGCCUCAUAAAUUUGUAUUGCAUGCUAUUCCAUUGAUAAAUGAUGUAGGCUUUCGACGGGUCAAAACGAAAAUUCUAUAUGUAGGAGCCACUCUCAAGCACUGCUUUCUCUUUAUCAGAAAACAUCAAGAAAGAAAAUUGGAACAGUUGUGGUCAAAAUUACAGACAGAAUCUGAGAGGAAAAAGAUGGAAAAUCUUCUAAUGACUCUAACACCUGCUAUGAAGGACUUCAAGUAAAAAUUAUCUUUAUAGAUCUUAAAAAUUAUCUUUAUAGAUCUUAAUUUCUGUAAAUAAAUAGAGUUUAGUAACUUAUGAACUUAUCAAUAUUUCGUUCAACUAUAAUGUUGAUAUAGAAACGUCAACUUUUUGAUUAUUAUUUCUAUAUUGUUUACAUCAGUAGUGCAACAAGCAACAUUAGUAAAUUUAUUCUUUUUUUUAUUAA